ACGCGACGUGAGAUUCUAAACACUGCCCGGGCACAGCCAGAACAGUCGCAGCUCCUCUUUUUCCCACCGGCAGACAGCAAAGGGACUUACAAGUCUAGCUGUAUGGGAACCCUUCACAAUGCUAGACUCACCAGCCAAACGGCAGAAAACAUCCGCGUCCAAUACUGCCGACGCGCUAUUGGCGACAUCCACAAAUGCAUCACGUACGCGUGACUUUGACGCACCAAGCCUCAGACAUGCUUCAUAUCUUUCUCCAACAAAAGCGAGCCUGCCGCGAUUUAUCCCUGGCUUGCGUCCGAAAUCGCCUUUGAACCCACAAUCCGGAAGGACUCUUGAUGCUGGAAGCAAAGUGCCACCAGACGGAGCCCAUGUUGGAGAUUCCAAUGGGACUGGAUUUCAGCAUGGGAAGGCUAAACGCGGACUCUUCGGGCUGAAUGGACGGCCCAAAUCAUUAUCACAAAAUGACGAACCGAGAGCGCUUGAUUUCAAAUCCAUCUCCAGCGCUGGCUUCUCUGCAGCCCCUCGACGUUCAUCUCGUUUCUCAGGCCGGUUUUCGUCGCCAAUACGUGAAGAGCGCGGUCAUGGCGGCGCAAGCUCUACAGCAGAGACAUCUGACAAUGUACAUGCAAGUCAGAGGGCAAGGCUAGAAGGGGUGGCUUCAAUCGGUAGAGAGAAUGAGGAAGCACAUGAAGACGCUGAGCCGGAUCUACCGCCUACACCCACCGACAGGAAUGAUCCUGCUGCUGCUCGACCAAAAGGCUUAUUCAACAGUCCAAGUCGGAGGCGACUGCGCAAACAAUUAAGCCGAUCCACAUCCCCAGCAAAGCAACACAUCCAAGCGCGUGCAGGUGAUGAAGGGGGAAAGCAUCAUGAAGAUGGAGAAAUCGAGGCACCGCCUUCAGCUGCCGGUAACACGAUCAAUCCCGAGAAUUGCGCUGUAGAUUUAUUUCUCUAAUGGAUUUUCCCAGGACCGUUGACCCGUAGACGAGCUGCGAUCAAAGAGCAGCAAGCCACUGACCACACCGCUGUGGCAGAGAAGCGCCGCUUGAAAGCCCGACUUUCCGAACGACUCGUCAAGAUAAAACAAGAUAUUCAACGCUGCGAGGAAGAGCUAGCAAAGACCGAGCCAGAUCAAGAAUCCAGCUGGGAUGAUCCCAAGGACGUUCAAGACUACAUAACU